CACUCCUGCAUCCAUCCCUCCUACAUUCCUCCCUCCUGCAUCCCUCCUCCUGCAUCCCUCCCUCCACCCCUCCCUUCUUCCCUCCCUCUGCCUGCGCAGCGCCGCGGACAUGGCGCUCAGCAAUUUCCUCUUCGCUCAGUGCAUCUGCUAUUUCCUGGCCUUUCUCUUCAGCUUCAUCGUGGUGGUGCCACUCUCCGAGAAUGGCAACGACUUCCACGGCCGGUGCCUGCUCUUCACAGAGGGCAUGUGGCUCAACGCCAACCUGACGGUGGAGCGGCAGCGCUUCACGGUGCAGGAGUGGGGGCCCGAGGCCGCCUGCCGCUUUAGCAUCUUCACCGGGCUCCUCUCCCUGCUGCUGGCCACAGUGCAGGCCUGGAGGACCCUCUUCUUCCUCUGCAAAGGGCACGAGGACUCUUUCUUUUACGCCUUCCUGAAUCUGCUGAUCAGCGCCUUUGUGGUGUUCAUCACAUUUAUUGCCAGCACUAUAGUGAGUGUAGGAUUUAACAUGUGGUGUGAUGCAAUUACUGAAAAAGGAAGCAUGCCAAAUAGCUGUGAAGAAUUGCAGGAUAUAGAUCUUGAGCUGAACUUGGAAAACUCUGCUUUCUAUGACCAGUUUGCUAUUGCACAGUUUGGUCUCUGGGCUGCCUGGCUGACUUGGCUGGCAAUUACCAUUCUGGCUUUCCUGAAGGUUUAUCACAACUACAGACAGGAGGACCUGCUAGAUAGCCUGAUCCAUGAGAAGGAGCUGUUGCUCGGAAGAUCCCCUUCACGAUCCUCUUUGCAAGAUGACAAAAGUGGCAUGAUCUAAAGUGUAAGAAAACUUCCAGGGCAGGAUCUAGAUUUUAUUAUUCAGUAGUGUGAGCUGAAGUUGAGUCAGGGUAUUGAGCGUGUGAGAUCUUUUCUUUUCCUGAGAUGAAAUGUACUUGUGAAUCACUCACUUCCCCCAUGAGAAAUUGUUGGCAGAAAUACUUAUAUUAGGAUAAAGAGAAUGAACUGCCCUAUGUGCCUUUGGCACAGCAAACUUUCUGUCCUGUGCAGGCAUGAUCUGUAACCUGCCCUUGCCAGCAGAGCUCCCAUGUGCCAUUGCUGGCUUUUGGGACAGGGGCCAUUUUUGAGGACUGAGCUGGCAAGACCAGGCUACAGCGUCCAGGCUAUUUCUUCAAACUGUUCUUCAACAGUAAUUGUAACUGGAGCUGCAUUCAGUCCCUCCUCUCUUCCUCUCCUCCCUUUUGCCAGUGAAGCUGCCCCUGUUCUCUCUUUGUCCUGGGAAGUUGCAGCUCUGGUUUGGGUGCAGGCUCUCGCUGUCUCUGCUUUCACUGUCUAUGGCUGCAGUGCUGACAAAUAUGUUGCUCCUGCUCUGGUUUUAUCUAGAACAUAGAGACCUGUGUUCCAGACUUGAUAUUUAAUAUUGGACAGUGUUAAUGAAUUCCAAAAAACCCGUAUAUUAUUGCAGCAUCUGUCAAAAACUGUGUAUAAUAUAGGAGGAUGGUGGAGACCUUUUGUGGUUUUGUUUCUUCUUAGAUUUUGGCAUGACCAGCAUUUAUGAUGACCCCUGAAGUGAAAUGUAGCUAGCAAUUGCUGAAGCUUGCAUACUAAGAAAUUAAGCUGAAUAGAUAGUAUAAAUGCUUGUGCAUUUAUAAAUGUAACUGGGUCCCUAACAUUGUAUACUAUUCUGUUUUGAGUAUUAGAAUUUAUUUGUGAUUUUUAUUUCAUAACAGGUAUGCAAAAUUACUGUAAGCAUUUGCAGUGUAGGUUUCUAUAUAUAAACAUGGUGAGGAGUUCAAGCAGCUGAGUUAUUUUAUAGGUAGUUCAGUGCUGAAUGGGUCCAUUCUCGCCUCUCAUGGGCAGGAGUUCCAGGGCAGAUGAAUUUUGCUGUGAAAAGGAAGAAGAAUUGCUAUUUACACAAAGCUCACUGGUGACUGUGUUGUGCUUUCAGUUUUGCUUGGCCAGCGCUUCAACAAAUCUAGUGGAUGUUGAGAUCAGAGGUACAUCUGAUAAUUAAGAAGAGUAACUCAGAGGAGUGUGGGAUUUGCAUGGCAGAGAAGUUGUACUAGGAUUAAGCAUUUAUCCCCAGG